CAUUAUUGUGUGUGUGUAAAUAUUAGUAGUAGAACACGGGUUUCGUGCAUAUCUAUGCUACCGCUAUUGAUCGUCAAAAUUUUGCUAUAUUUUGUGUUUUCAAGUGGAUCUGGGGCAUGUCCUAGGAAAGGAUUUUUCGUUAUGGAAUGACGAUCAAUAAGACAGAUCUUAAAGGAAAAACAAGAAAAUAUUGAAGCGCCAUGAAUCUUCUUGAGAAAUCAACUUGCAUAUCGUGAGAGAAGUAUCAGAACAAAGAAAGACCCAUCUACCCAGACCAUGGUCUCAGACACCCUACCUAGCAGGGUGGGGCCUGGGUUCUCCAGGGACAGCUCCAGUUACAUAGAAGACAUUGAAGAUGAAGGGGAAGGGUUUGAGGAGGACCUUGAAGGAGAGGGAGAUGUGGGAGACAUCGGGGAUAGCGGGGUGGAAGACACAACAGCGACAUCAACAAAGACAGAUUCAGUGGUGAAGAAGAAGAGGAGAAGAAAAAAGAAAGUCAUUGGGAUAAACUUAUCCAGCUGCAAGUAUGAAUCAGUUCGAAGAAUGUCCAAGAAGUUUGGAAUGAAAGAGGUAGGAGAGGAUGAGGACUGGACGCUCUACUGGACUGACUGGACUGUUCCUCUUGAGAGGGUUAUGGAGAUGAAGAAAUACCAGAAAGUGAACCACUUUCCUGGUAUGACUGAGAUCUGUCGCAAGGACCUUCUUGGUCGGAACAUGACCCGGUUACUCAAGCUGUUCCCCAAGGAUUAUGCUAUCUUCCCACGCACCUGGGUGCUCCCUGCAGACUAUGGUGACUACCAGGCAUUUUGUAGGACCAAGAAGAACAAGACGUAUAUCUGCAAACCUGAAAGUGGAUGUCAAGGGAAAGGAAUCUUUAUCACCAAGAACCCUAAAGAUAUCAAGCCUGGAGAACACAUGGUGUGCCAACAGUACCUCUCUAAGCCCUUCCUCAUCGAUAACUACAAGUUUGACUUCAGGAUCUAUGUUUUGGUAACGUCCUGUGAUCCUUUCAGGAUUUACGUCUAUAAAGAUGGCCUUGUCAGAUUCGCCACCGUGAAGUACACAGAUCCAACCAGUAGCAAUGUUGAUGAUGUGUGUAUGCAUCUCACAAACUACGCUAUCAACAAACACAGCUCAGACUUCAUUAGAGAUGAUGAAAGUGGUCACAAAAGGAAAAUCACAAUAGUCGAUCAGUGGUUCAAGAACAAUGGGUACGACAUUGAUAAGAUCUGGAGGGACAUCCAUGAUGUGAUCAUCAAGACCUUGAUCACAGCUCACCCUGUCCUGAAACACAACUACCGUACAUGCUUCCCUAACCACAUCAAGGGCAGUGGCUGCUUUGAGAUCUUAGGCUUUGAUGUCAUGCUGGAUAAGAAGCUCAAACCAUGGCUAAUAGAGGUCAACCAUUCACCGAGCUUCCACACAGAUGCCAAGCUAGACAAGGAAGUCAAAGAAGGUCUCCUCUACGACACCAUGAACAUCAUUAACCUGACUCAUUACGAUAAGAAGAAAUGCUUGGAGGAGGAUCGCAAAAAGAUCAAAGAGAGACUCCUGCAAAGGUCCAAGCCAAAGGAAUUCAGGAAAGAGGAGUAUGAGGAUUCCUAUGACAAAGCAGCAGAGGCUCAGCUCAAGUAUGAAGAGGGUCACUUAGGGGACUUCACAAGGAUAUACCCAGUAGAAGACUCUGACAAGUAUGAGAAGUACUUCCAACACAGUGGCUCUCUCUUCCAAGAAACAGCAGCUUCCAAAGCAAGAGGGGAGUGUGCAAGGCUACAGAGGGAGGAGAUACGUGUAAAGCAGGAGAAGCUAGAGAUGAUGCUGAAGAAGAAACCGAGUGAGAGGAAGGACUCUGGUGGAGUCAGACCAGAGAGUCCUAACGGUGAUGGUAGAACCAGGAGGAGAGCUAGACCAACGGUGCCUCGUGUAGCGCUGGGCAAAAAACACUACUACAGAUCACGUUCUGAUGCUUACUAUGACUACGAGGUGAUCGACACCACCAAACCUCUUGACAUUGUGGAGGAGGAGGAGCUGGAGAGGAUCAGUGCCCUCCUCCAGAGAGAUAACCUUGUCCGAGGGCUGGGCGUGGUCGAGCAUGUCUACCGGCUACUACACUGUACUCCAGGCACAGUGGGUGUCAUGAAGAAUGCAGAUAGGCAGCCAAAUUAUUCUGCAACCUCAAGGAAUUUUCAGAGCCAGGGUCUGGGUCUGAGUCAAAGCAAUUCCUUAUCACAGCUGAUGGGGCACAAUGACCCUGCAUGGUGUAUACCAAAUGUGCAACCAUUCAGUGAAAAGACACAAACUGUAAACUACAAUGUCCAAAUGGCCAAAACCCAACCCCAACCUCCAGGGGGAAUACCCUGGCCCAACACGUCCGCUGGUCGUAACAUCCGUACCCUCAGCCAACACGGAGACCAGCCAGGAAUGAUCAAUGGGGCUGGCAUGGCUCCCAACCUCUCUGGUCAACGACAGAGGUUCCCAUCGCGCAAGGGUCCCGGUUCCCAGCACACUGUCAAUAACUUGGUGAUUGCCGAACAGGACUUCCAGAAUCUAUCACUUAUGGACAAUGAGAGUUUACGGGGUAGACAUGGCAAUAUGAACUCUACAGCAGCUGCUGCGGCUGCUGCUGCGGCCAUGGGACAUGGUGAUUGGAGGAUCAUGGAUGGGGGAUACUCAAGAAGGAUACUGAGUGCAAAUAAUGGACAAAAGAGAGAAACAGGAACAGUGCAAGUACGGUUGAACACGAGAGGAGGGGGAGGAAACAACCUUAAUACCACCACGCCACCUCCAGGCCUGUAUGCUGCCAACAAUAACUUCCCUAACCUUCUCAAAGUAGGACCUACAGGUGCCAAUACUUCAUCAGGUGCAAUGAUCAAUCUGUCUGUAGUGUCUGGUCCAGCUCCUGUGGUACAGAGACCAGACCUGGGGAGUGCAGGAAGCAUUAGAGGAGGAGGCAUCAGCAGAGACACAAUCAGCAGUGCACCAGAUCCACAUAGUCAUUUAAGAAUCACACUAAAAGCCUUUGAUGCUUCAGCUGUAAUGCAAGUCAACAAAAUCGCAAAGAAUAAGAGGAGCUUCCAACACACUUAGGCUGAAGCAACUAGAGCUUAGAGAAACCCAUGCAGUGGUGUUGAGUUGACAUCAUCAUAGAGACUUGUAGAGCCAUUACAGCAGUCUCCAUAGGAACGUGGUUAAUGUAGCAUACGGACUGCAGAGCAAUGGUUGUCAGAGCAUAUACCAUAGAAGCGUCCAGCCUCGUGGCCUGUCUGUGGGGUACGAUGCUGUGGAGGUUUGGGUAGAGGCAAGACCACUGUUGGUACCUUAAAGUAGUCACCCAAAGAAAAUUCACAACAAGUGAUAUUUAUGGACAAAUUAUAUAUGGAUGGACAAAUUUCUUUUGAAAAACAUGAAUAAUUUGCUGAAAAGUCAUAUAGAUUGAUAUCAUGGAAAGGCAUUACAUGCAAUUUUGUGGCUGGCUGUGUCCUGCAUGUGAUGUCUUGACGCUCUACGGGGGACAGCUGAAGGCAGAACAUCUGGAUCUCAAAAUUAACAUUUUGAGAGAUGAUCACUGCGGGCCCCAAACAUAUUUUGAAGAGGGAAGUUGUUAUAUUUUAAUCAGUAAGGCUUCCCCUUUGCAAUGAUAUGAAUUUUGCAUCAAUUCAAAGCACUUUUUAUUCUUUAGGUGACUACUCUAAAGUUAUUGUCAUGGCCAAGAUGUAAAUUCUUUACCAGGGCUUGACUCUAACAGGGCUUGACUGUUAAAGGAACCAGAGCACAUGGGCCCACACAUUUGCACACAUGAUCCCCUGUGGACCAAAGUAACUGUUGAGCCCUGUAUUCACUGAUGUAUCACUGAUACCUAAUAUGCACCAUGUUGCUUUCAUCACCAGAAUCUAUUGCCUUGUCCACAGCCUUGAAAGAUAGUAGAAUUAUAUGUAUUUAUAGAGAUUAAUAUAAAGCAUUCCAUUAGUUUGUUUGGAAUUCUCUGUGUAACUGAAGCUGUUUUUUUUUGCACGUGUAGGGGAGCGCUUAUUGUGUUUUUUGCCUGAAUGUAAAUCUUUACUUUGAAAUUGUAUGGCAUCACUCUACUCAGACAUGCCAAUAUUCAGUACAAAUUUUUUAUCAGGUUUAUACAAGAUACUGGCAGAUGUGAGAGUUAUAUUACAUUGGAGACAAAAAUUGUGUGUAUACAUCCAGGGGUAAAAUGUAGUAGACAACAUUGGUCAAGGGUAUGAAUUGUGUAUUCAAUCACAAUGCCAAAUCCUGCAGAGAAGCCUGCCUGUCUUUCGAAAAAUUAGGGUUGACCAAAGAAUAAUUGGGGAAAGGGGGGGGGGGGGGGGGGAGAGUCAGCGACUGUAAUAUAGCUAUUUCGUUUAGAAUUACUUGUAGUUUGGUAAAUUGACGAGUGCAUUUCAACCCUAAGUUGUAUAAGAAAAUUAAGGAUGGGAAAAAGAUUAUAGAUAUUGAAACAACUCCAUGCUACAUUGUGUUAAACUUUUUCAAGUGUGGCAAGUACACAUUCUGUAUCUAUAGCACAGUUUUAUAAAAUUCUUAGUCUGGUGAAGGAUUCAUAUUCUUUCUUCAUAGUGUCAAAUACAAUUAAAAAUGAAAUAUAUAGCUGUUUGCCUGUGAAGAGCUCAUGCUUUUAGAUGACUUUUAUUUUGGAACAGUUUUUUAAAAGGUUAAUAUUCAUGAAAUGCAACCAUUAAGAUUGUCUGGCUUAGAUAUCUAUGAAUAUUCAACAACAAAGUCGUCAAACAGGUUUAUCCUGUCACUAGCACCUCCAGUUGGGCCAUGACGAUCGGGAUUAAAAGCUGGGAAGAUCUAGCGAAAAUACGGGAAUGCUUGAAAUACACUAUAUUAGACUAUCAAUAUUUGUUGGACUUUAGUAUACAAAAUUGCAGAUAUUUGAUUUACUCAGAUGUGUUUUUGUUUUACAUGUCUUCAUUUUGUCUGAUAUAUUUUUUAUCAUCCAAUAUAUCCAUUUCAACCAUAACAGCCAUUGAAAGAGAUUGACUUCCAUUUUGUUCAUAUUCCUUCUUAUAUGGAGUGAGAAAUGUUGUUGUUCUUCUUAGCCUUAUUACAAGAUUACCAACCAACCAAAGAAUCACAUUUACCUUGUAUCAAUAUCUAAUAGUUACACUAAGAAGCUGCUGUCUUUCAAUCUAAUUAAUUACUGUAAUUUUAUGCCAUUUAGGCAUCAGUUGGAGAUAAUGUUGAGCAUCUAUUUGGUACUCAACAGUUCAACCAUCUGCCUUUUUUAAAAGAAUUUUAAAUUUAAAGAAUAUUGGAUAGAUAAAAGUCCAAGUCGUACCAGUGUUUCUGCUUAUACGUUAAAUUCAUUGUCAUGCAAUGGAUUUUGAAAUCUACAUGCAGCAUCUCCAAUGUCAUUGCUUGGUAAUGUAAAGAGUCAUCCUGCUUUGCUAUACUUGUAUGCAUGUCAGAGAUGUUUCUUUACUCUGCAGGUUUCCUAAAGAGUUAGUCGUGAACAAUGUUGAUGUAUUGUUUGACUUUCUAAUACAAAACAAGUUUGGAAACUCAAGUGUGAUCAAUUAUACCUCUCUUGUCAUGCAAUAAUUAUCACUCUGUUUAGUUCGAUUAAAAAGUACGUUUUCACAAUUGACCUUGAUCCUGAUUUUGAUGUAAUGCACAUUCCGUGACUGAAAAAUCAUAACAAAUGGGGUAUCAUUUUAAAGAGGAAUAAAAACACUUUCAUACUCGUACAAAGCGAUGAUUAUGCCAUAACUAGAGAGAUAUAAUCAAUCACACUUCAGUUUCCAAACUUUUUGUGAGGGCUUUAAAAUGAGUUAUGGGUGUAUGACAAUAGUGUCAAAUCUGUUUCACUUCACUUCAAUAGUUAAUGUUACUGUGCACUUGAUUAGGUGUAAACAAUGAUUGAAUUAUUAAUAUUAUAUGUACCGGUAUGUAGAUUUCAUCAUUCUCUGUUUUAGCAGCAGAUCUUCAACAUUACCAAAUAUGUCAUUAAAAGAUAUUGAAAUAAUGUGUUAUUGUAUUCCCAUCGUAACAAUACUCCAUCCAUAUUCUUUCCAAUUGUGCCUUGUUACUUUAUUUUUGUAUACCCUUCAGUUUUGAAUAUUUGACAAAUCUUGCCAAUAUUGGAGUAUGUGGUGGUUUUCCUUUGUAACGUAUAUAUCCGUCCACAGAAUGCAUGUUGUAUUUUGCAUCGUUACAGUAUUGCAAUUUUCAUUCAUGUACAGAUAUGUUUAUUAAUCUAAAGAGUUGUGUAUAGGUGUUGUAAUCAUCAUGUAUGCAUACGUUGUGUGAAUUUUUAUUUUGUUUUUAUAUUUUUCGAAAAGAAUAGAGUUAAGCCAUAUUUGGUAUAUUGUUAUGCCGUUUACAUGAACAUGUAUGUUUAUUUGCCUGUGCAGUUAUAGGAAAGAAUAUAGAGAUCUAUGUAUUGAUAUUAAGACUAUAUAGUAAGAACACCCUCACUUCCUUUUUAGUCAACCAAACAUAGAUUUGUAAGAAAAAAACAAUAAGUAGUUAAAUAGUACUACUAUCAAAGUUGAGCAGGUUUUGUAUAAUUUACAGAAGGAGGGCCCUACAUGUACAGUACAUUUCUAUUUUCUGGUACUCCAACGCAUAGUCAAAUAUUAAGGUUAUUUGCUGCUUUGGUUUUACCUAACUUCUAAGAAAGUUAGUACACGCUUGUAAUUGUGGAGCAACGACUUCAAGUCUUAUCCAAGGAACUAGGUAAUUAAUUUCUUAACAAACAGCAAUUGCACAUGGACAUGGUUUAAAACGGGGAACACAUUUUCUUUUGAAAUAAUGUAAAAUUGAUGUUUGUUAAGUGAUCAAGACUACAAAUAUACUAGCAGCCAUAUACUUGAGUAAUGAGCAAAGACAGAUGCAUUUUUGACUUGCAUGUAAACUACUCUGUGUGUAAUGGAAGCCUUGCUAAAGUCAGGGUAAUGACAUGAUUGUAAAUGCAAACUCUAAAUGCAGUUCCAUUGCUAGAACCCAAGACUAAUUGUAAACAUUAACAAAUAUUGCAAUAGUUUUAUACAUUUAAAACCAACUUACCUAUUUUCCCCUUUUCCUAUCAGUAUAGAAUAAAGUGGAUAAACAGUGUUAUUCUUAUGCCAUUAUUUGCCUUGGUUUGGGCAGCGUAAAUGGCACUUUAUUUGAUGCAUUUGUUAACACUAAAAGCUUAAACAAACACUGCAUAUUUCCCUCUUGUUUGUGUUUGUUUGUUUUGGGUGGUUUUGAAAAAUACUUUAUAGUAGUUCAGCCAAACAUUUAAAAGGUUCUAAAAAAGUUUUUUGUGGCAUUUUAGGGUAAUACAUGGCAUUCAUGCUCAAACUCUUACAAAUGUAUUAAGGAUUAAGAAACAGUUGGAUGCUAUGCACAAUUCUUUUUACUAAAAAUGUCAUUUUUGUGAGAAUUGCCCCAUACGGUACAUGUAAAUGUACAAAUAAUUUUUUUCACUCAAAUGUUCAUCCUGUAAAAAGACAUCUAGUCAUUUGGGAUAACAACAUUUUUAUCCAUCAUAUUAAUUGAUCAUUUCUUUUCUUAUCAAUAAAAAUUGUUUUAAUGGACAGAUUUAUUGUGUUUAAAAAACUUUGAAAUAUGAUUAUCAGAAUCUCAUAAAAUAUACUGAGAAAGUCACACUUAUGUUUCAUUGCUCCAUACAUAUAUACAAAAUAUCAAACUUUCAUUAUGUAUUAAACAGGUUUAUAACUACAAACUCACAAUGAAAAUUAUAUCAAUUGAAAGGUCUUUCUCAGAUAAAAUAUAUUCAGUCAUAAAACCAACAACAACAACAAAAUCAGGAUGUUUUUCUUUAGUACUUUUGCAAGAGUUUUAGCAUGGAUGCCAUGCAUCACCCCCAGAAUGCCGCCCAAACUAUUACAAAAACAAUGUCACGUUUUGGCUGGUCUACUGUUAUUUCUGACUUUGAUAUCCUAGAUUGUGAAAUGUAGUAUUAUUACAAUGCAAAUUAUAAAUAAAGGAUAAGUACAAUAUUUGUAUGGUAAAAAGAGUGCACAGGCUCUCAUCAACUUGAUUUUCUUGAUGAGCUCUCCUGAGAUUUUAACAAAGAGACAAGAAAUAUUUAUGUUAUUAAUGAAAUUCAGAAUUGCCCUUUUUACAUCAGUACAUGUAUGUACUGGGAAUAUACACAUUUGAGUUGAUUCGCUCAUUGUAAAAUGCAGAGUUUGUGUGUUGGUAGUCACUUUAAAUGAGAUUAGGUAAACACAGUAAAAGUAUUUGUAGACAAAAUUGUAAAUUACUGUUUUAAUGAAUUUUAAAAAAUUAAAUAUUUCAAUGAUAUUAAUUGAUACAUAAUGAGUGUCAUUUUCAGGGAUAUGGUUCUCCCCAUUGUAUAUUGCAAUUAUAAAGCCUUAUUACUGCAAGAAAAUAAAUGGAUGAUUUAUGUGAAGCUGUAA